AUGUCAACUUACGAGGAUCCAAUUGGUCGAUCGAGCAACGAACAUCCAUCACAAGUGAGGGACCAUGUGAUCGUGCCGGCUUCGAGUUCACCAUCGAUCAUUUCGAACACAACUUUGUCACAGCAUGGCCGGAAACGACUUGUCUUCUCUGAUCCAGUCGCAUUCAGAUAUCUUGAAGAAGAUUCUGCCACAAAUGUUCUGGAACGACGUCGGAGACUGCAGGGCUACGAGAUUUAUAUUGUGGAGCAAUGGGCGUGCUCUCGCGUUCAUCCCACCUCCAUUAUUGCUACUUACACUGGGGACUCGUCACACUUCAUCUUGGUUGGGGUGUUGAGUGUUCCGAAGGAUGAAAACACCUGGUCUCCCCGGUUGAAGGUGUAUUUCAAAGCGAUGUCUGAAUAUCAUGCUCGAGAAAGAGACACCCCACUUGGGACUCUUAUGGUUACCAAUCUGAGUGGGUUUCCAUCUUCGCUUAGUGUCAUUGCUGUACCUGAUGGGGAUGUUCGAAAGCACAGGGAGGAUUUUAUUGUUAAUGAGAACCUCAAGCGUCUGGGGUGUGCAGGUCGCGCUGGGCUGAAUCUGCAGCACCCUCAGCCAAGCACAACUGCAAAAUUCCAUCACCUAUACCGGACAAGCGAAAAUGUCCCCGUUUACACCUCCGUCAUGGAACUGGUCAAACUCUGUCAGGUGUCGCUGUCACUGUAUGGUAAGCUUGCCCCUGCUUAUGCUGACGGCCUCCUGUGCGACAUCACCGAACGUUCCAUCAACGACUGGUGGUCUGAUAUCGGUACAUACCUAUACAACAUUGAGCCCAGUGACGGCAUACUUGGGCCCUCCACAGUUUCUGCGCUAGUAGGCUUGUUGAUGGGUGCCUUCAACCGCAUGAAGGCCUUCGGUGCUCCUGUUGGGAAGGAUGUCUUCGACAUCACAUCUACAAAACGAGCGAUUGGCUACUUCCAGAAGUCACAGAGAAUGGAGCGAACCCGUCGUCUCGAUCGUCAGACACUUAUGAGGCUUCACAAAGUGACUGCGAAGACAGCUAGUGGAGAGGGCUGGACUGUCCCGAAGGCUGUGAAAUCCACUGUAGCUGAGCUUAGUGGAAAAGGAGGAGAAAUGGUGAUGGGCAUCGUAGGAGGUCGAGAAAAAGCAGGCAUCGCUGACGUUGAAACACUGGACAUCGAGAGACUUGCACAACUCGUCACCGGAACGAAGGCUCGGUGGCUUUGGCAGGGGAAAGCUGCGAAGUCCAACGAGCCCGAGACGCUUGGACAUUUUGGUUCGUCUAGCAACGACAAGAUCUUCAGCGAAGACGAUCAGGGCAACUACAUCUGGACUAGCAAACAUCGGGAGUCAGUCUGGACAGAUAACCAUCUUCAAAGAACGAAUAACGUCGAUGAUGUGGAGAACAAGACUGGUUUGGAGCGCCUUAAAGAUGCUGUUAGUCUUCCUGGCCUGCGAUCUCAUCAACCAAGACAAUCAAAAGAGGAGGCUCGGUCACAUGCUGGACAUAUACAAGAUACUCGUCAUGACUGGGAUGAGCGUGACCCUGAACAGGUUUCAAGCAGCCCGUCGUCAGGGACACAUGUUAAAGAAGCUUCAACACCACCUCAGAAAGCCGCCCUUGAAGUGCCUGAUCCAAACCACGUCUCACGGCUUGAUCACAACAUGUCGCAGAUCAGUCUUCGUAGCGAGAGCGCGUCACUCCCGCACGCCUCAGAAGAUUCCGAACCGAACCCCGUAAUACUUGCGUCUAGCAUAGAUCUUGUUGAGCAAAAUCGAGGCGGUGAAUUUGAGGAACUAAGGCGAGAGCUCUCGUCUGAUAACUAUAACCGCUCCUUCCAAGAGCUUCAAGUUUCUGGUCCCCAGGCCACGAGCUUGAGAAGAACGCAAAGCUUGGUAAAGUUUAUUGCUUUUGGACCAGAAAGUCCUCGUGUAAACCGAGUUCCUCGGUGCUUGUCAUUCAGUGCAAUUGAAAGUGUGGUACUUCAGUGGGAUGGUGUUGACACUGAAUUUGAGAGCGACACUGCUAAGGGUCAAGAGCCACAGCAGACGCUACUUGGAGAACAGGCACAUGCAGUCUUUGUCCGCGAGAAAGCUGACAAGAUCUAUUACCUUCAACAAGUCACUAUACCUUUCACUGAAAGGCAGAUCUCGGAUGUCGACGAUCUUGAUCAGCUAACACAGAAAAGGCAAGACGAGCUCAAUACAUUCUAUUACGAGCGAUUAGAAGACCAUCAGACUCAGAAGGCGACAUCGACUGACAUCAUGGCAGAUGAGCGUCAGGGGCUAAACGAGGGCCUCAGGCGGGUGGAAAUGCUUGGAGCAAAGCUGGACUAUGAAGUGGAUGCUUUGACCUCAAGGAUCGAAGAGGUUGAAGACGGGGUGGCAGAGUUUGACAGGGCGGUUUCCCAUAUUGAAGCUCGUGUUGAUGAGCUUGUUAGUGAUGGUACACAUAAGGAUCCUUGGUGGCUAAUCCUGCUAGGAUACUUCAAGAAUCGCGAGUCCUGA